AGAGAGUUUUUAUUUUUUAGUUUUUAUUUUUAGUUCCUAUGUAUUAGAAUUAACAUGCACCCUUUAGUACUAUAUCCAGUCUCCCAGUACAUGCACAUAAGCACUCUCUGUCUCUCAAUAUGGCCAAUUCUCUCAUUAUGUACUAAUUACUCUAUCAUGACAGGAUAUACAAUGAAAAAGAUCUUAGCAGCAGAGGAGGCUGUUCAAAUUGAGAACCCUGGUCACGAACAUGUAUAUGCAAACAGUGUCAACUAUUACUCCUGUGAUGAACAAAAUGAUAAUGAACAAAAUGGUAAUGAACAAUAUGGUUUAGAAGGCCAGGACCUUGAAAGUACAUGUACAUGUACUUGGACACCUACAGAUACUGAAGACCUUACUCUUUCAAUUGAGGGAAACCAGAACUUAGAGAAGCCCUUCUCUGAGUACAUUAAUACAAGCAUCUUGA